AUGGCACGCAUCCGUACCGUCAAAUCCAAGACUGUCCGCGGUAAACCCACAGCACCCUCUGCUCCUCAGAGAUCAAAAGGCAGCAAGCAACCACCAAAGCACGCCCAGCGUCCUGCCCGACGUGCAUCACUGGCCGACUCAAAAACCCGCGGCGAGAAACCGACGGACGCCCGCCAUGAAAAGAGCAGGGACGAGGACACGAUCGAGCUUGUGACCGGCCCACAGACGGAAGACCCUAACUUGAUCAACGAUGUCUCGUCCUUCCUCAAGAGCGCCAAACUGAAUGGCAAGGCCCCAACCCACGACGAGCCUGCAGUGCCCGACAGGCAGUCCAAAAAGGACGGAAAGCAGCGCGACCGGGGGAACGAGAGGAGGCGCAAGCAGGCUACAGUAAAGAGCGGGGAUCAGCCCUCCGUACCGCUGCCCCUCCCUGUCCCAUUCCCACCAUCCUCCUCGGCGAAGAAGGCUAACUUCAUCGUCGAACCAGUUGCGCUCUGGUACGACGCCCUCCCUCCGCUUCCCCCUCCUCCGACUGCCCACCCCACCCCGACUGCCGCUCAGAUCGCGGAGCGAACUGCGCGGGCUUCCGACCUCCUCGCGCAGGACGCGGCGGUGUACCAGGCGUCCACCACGUCCACAGGCGAUGCACACUUUAUGCAGAACAUCCUCGCACGCGGUACGCUCUCUGACCGGCUGAGCGCGCUGACUCUACUCGUGCAGGCGAGCCCGGUGCACAACGCGAAGGCUCUUGAGACGCUGCGGGGGCUCGCGGAGCGCGGCAGAGGGAAGGGCGGGCGAGAGGAGGGCUUGAAGGCGGUGCGGUGUGUCGUCGAUUGGUGGGUCGGCGGAGGCGCGCCCGGACGGAAGCUGAGAUAUUUUCGUGAUCAGCCGCUCCUCCAUCCGUCCGCAACCGACUCGUACCUCAUGAUGUGGUACUUUGAGGACUGGCUGAAGAAGUACUUCUUCUCCAUCCUGCAGAUUCUCGAGACGUACUCACUUGAUCCUCUCAACUACGUGCGCACACAAUCGCUCGCGUUCAUCGCGACCCUCCUCCGGGAGAAGCCCGAGCAGGAGCAGAACCUGCUUCGCUUGCUUGUGAACAAGCUUGGCGACACAGACAAGGCGAUCUGCUCGCGCGCGUCGUAUCACCUCCUGCAGCUUCUGCAGGCCCACCCGAACAUGAAGGCAGUAGUCGUGCGCGAGGUCAAAGCGCUCAUCUUCCGCCCCGCGGCCUCGACAUCCGCCGUGGCACAGGCAGGCGCGCUGGUCGAGAAGGUGCAUACGCACAUCCGGUUUGAUGAUGAUGAGCCGAAGGGCGGGGGCGCGCAGGGGAAGGAAAAGAAGGGAAAGGCGAAGGACGUGACCCCCGCGCCGCUGGCGGAGCGCUGGAACACACACGCGUGGUACUACGCCGCGGUCACGUUAAACCAGAUCGUGCUCACUCCGGGGGAGCAUGACCGGGGGGUGGCACGGACGCUGAUCGGGAUGUACUUUGAGAUGUUCCACGAGAUCCUGGGCACGGGGCGCGGGCCUGCGGGCGGUGAAAGGGACAGGGAGAUUGUACAGGGAGACGACGGCGCGAAGUCGACAGCUGGGAAAGUUAAAGGUAAAGGUAACGGGAAGGCGAGGGCCAAGGAGGUCCGAGGAGAAGCAGGUUUUGCGGAGGUGGAGGACGCGAGCUCGCGCAUGGUCGGCGCUGUUCUCACCGGCGUCAACCGCGCUCUGCCUUUCGCGCGGGCGGAUGUGGACGAAGUGCUCAAGGAGCACAUCGACACGCUCUUCCUUAUUACGCACACCGCCACAUUCAAUAUCUCCCUCCAGGCCCUCCUCCUCAUCUUCCACGUAUGCUCCUCCUUCGCCCCACCAUCCGCGUCCCAACACGAGUCUUCCUUCACCACGGCCCUCACGGACCGCUUCUACCGCACUCUUUAUGCCUCGCUCGUUGAUCCGCGACUGGUCGAGUCCAACAAGGAGGCCAUGUAUCUGAACCUUCUCUUCAAGGCCCUCAAAUCGGACACCAACAGUGAGCGCGUCAAGGCUUUUGUGCGCCGCUUCGUGCAGGUGCUUGCGACAGGCAUCGGAGGCAGCGGUGGUGGACCUGAAUUUAUUGCUGGAGGGCUGUACCUCCUCGGUGAGUUGUUCAACACGACUCCCGGGCUGAAAAGCCUUCUGGGCACGCCAGUGCCGAAGCGAGGCACCGAGCCGGAGAAGUACGACCCACACAAACGCGACCCGCAGUUUGCGCACGCGUCCGCAUCGCCCAUGUAUGAACUUCUCCCACUCCUGCACCACUACCACCCGGCGAUAUCCCUGCACGCGCGCCAGCUGCUCGCUUCCCAACCAUUGACGGCGACGCCCGACCUCGCGCUCAACACGCUCACCCACUUCCUCGACCGCUUCGUGUAUAAAAACCCGAAGAAGCCGAAGACGAAGGGCGCCAGCGCUAUGCAGCCCGCCGCCAGGUCAGACCGCGCUGGGGGCGUCUCGCUCGUCAAGGGCGAGGUCGCUCAAAGGCAGGUGAACGAAGAGCGCUUUUGGAAGAGGAGACCGGAGGCCGUCCCUGUAGACGAGCUGUUCUUCCACAAGUUCUUCACUCGAAAACGGGAGAAGGAGGCGCAGAUGGCGGCCAAGGUCGGGAAGCGCAAGGCCCGCGGGGACGCUUCCGGAACGGAUGACGAUGUGGGCGCGGACGAGGAUGAGGAGGAGGAAAGUCAGAGCGACGAUGAGCCCAAGGCUGCGAGCGUGAACGAAGAUGGUCUCGAAGCUAACGAGCAUGCUGAGAGCGACGAGGACAAAGAGGAGGCGGAGAUCUGGAAGGCCAUGAAAGCAAGCAUGCCCGCGGAGCUGCAGGACGACGAUGACGAGCUUAUGGAUGCCAGCGACGACGUUCCGUUGGGGCUCGACGACUCCGAUAGCGAUGGUGAUGCCGACGAGGACUUCGCGGCCCAAUCACCCGCAAACUCACAGGAAGAAGACGAUGACACUGGCGACUCGCUGGCAGAAGCCUCAGACGCUGAUGACCUGCUCCCGCUCGACGGCCUGAUCGAGUACGCCGGGUCCGACGCUGGCUCUGGCAGCUCUGGCGCGGACGAGGAGGAAGAGGAGUGGGCAGGGAUUGGCGCACCCUCUGCUAAGAAGCGAAAGCGGGACGAGCGGGGCGGAGUGAGCGCGAGAAGAAAGCGGCUGAGAGCGCUGCCGACGUUCGCAAGCUACGACGAGUAUGCGCGGAUGAUCGAAGAUGCGCCGGAGGACUUCAUCUAG